GUUGGCCCAUCCCUUGAAUUCGAAGUAAUCGACUUAAAAUCUACAAACCCAAUGAAGCAAAUUGGCAAUCGGUUAAUGGAAGAUACCUUCCCGAUUGAUUUCCGGUGACGGUGAUUAUAUCGGUAUAGUGCCAUAGAGAAAUGGAGUUGGGGUCUAAGGAGGAAGAGAACGUGGUGGGAUAUCACAGCAAUAACGUGAAGAAAGCCAAGUUACUUUCAACAUUGUCCGCACUCCUUGACGAUCCAAUUCUCGCCGAUGUCCCUAAGAAGCCCACUUUGUCCGAUGUCGAUACUCUCAUCAGCCUUGAACUGGGGAGUGCCAUGCGGAUCUCUAUCCUCAAAUUAGACGGAACCUCCUUCGAUGUUGUGGUGAUGAAUUCGGCCACGGUGAAAGACUUGAAGCUCGCUAUCAAGAAGAAAGUUAUUGAGUUGGAGCAGUCAAAGAUGGGUCAUCGACAUAUUUCAUGGAGGCACGUUUGGUCCAAUUUCUGCCUAGCACACCACAAUGAGAAGCUCUUUGACGACGGCGCUGCGCUUCAGGAUUUUGGUGUCCGAAAUAACUCUCAGUUACAUUUUUUACCCCAUGUUGUCUCGAAGGGUUCCGGGAGUCAUUCUAAGAGGAGAAAGCACCGUUUCUUCCAUGGCCUGAACAAGCGUUCGUGAGGACUCUCAAUUGUUCGUUUUCGAGUGUUCCUUUUGCCAAAUGUAGGUCAUUCCAGAAAUUUACAAGUUUUUAUUUAGGGUGAGUUCUAUACCAGAAUGAAAA